AUCGUGGCCCGAUGCAUUCCGAAUUGAAACCGCGCGUUCACGAAUGACCGGUCCCGCGAACAACUGGUUUAGUGGAAGGAAGUUUAAGACCUGGAACGAAUUUGUCUGUCAAUUCAAACACACGUUCGUAGGCACAAAGCUCGAUAUAGUUGAGCGCAUGAAGUCUAUGCUAAGUAGGGCACAAGGUGAAUCUGAAGCAAUAGCUGAUUAUUUUCACCACAAAGCUAGAUUAUGCCGAUAGCUGGAACUGCCAUUUAAUGAAGUUAAAAAACAGAUUGUUGCCGGUCUAAGGUCACUAGAACUAUGUCAUUACCUAUUGGCGCGACACCAUACUGAUGAAGACAGUCUGUAUUAUGAUAUAAUGACGUUUGCUCAAAUUAAUGACGCACGUUCUCAGUAUUUCAAGAAAGAUAACGACACUAGUAAGAAGCUACAACGUUUAAGUAUCAAUGAAGUUAAUCAUGUGAAGUCGAGUACUGUAAAUCCACCGAUGGGUACAAUAAAAGAUGCUAAUAACAAAAGGUUUGUAAAACUACCGCCGCGUAACGACAAAGAUGAACCACUAUGUUUCAAUUGCUCAACAUAUGGAGACGUAUCUAGAUAUUUUCAAAAACCAAAAAAAAUGAAGUGUACAAAAUGUGGAAAAUUUGGUCAUGAAGAAAAAACUUGUGUUACUAACACACCAGUUGUAUCUUUGAUUCUAACGACACCGUAAUGCUGGAGUUAACGGAAGGCGAAAAGAUGAAGAGGAUAUUUGAAGAUCUGAGGUCGGUAAAGUUCAUUC